UUCUCUUGUUUUGCACAAAGACCUAGAAAUCAACUUCUUGCAAUUGCUUUUCCAAGAAAUCAAUUCAGAAAAAUCAUGGGUAUUCGCUUGCCUGGAAUUUUUCAUGCUAAGCAAGCCAUCCGACGCGUUCUCUCAACUCCAGUGGCUAAAGAUGUGCCCAAGGGCCACUUCAGUGUUUAUGUCGGAGAAACUGAAAAGAAGCGAUUUGUUAUACCGAUUUCAUACUUGAAGCAUCCUUCAUUCCAGAACCUACUAAGCCAGGCUGAGGAAGAGUUCGGGUUUGAUCAUCCAAUGGGUGGUCUUACAAUACCAUGCAGAGAAGAAACUUUCAUUGAUCUCACUUGCAGUUUGAAUUCAUCAUAAGCAAGAAGAAAGAUGCCAAAAUGAUGGCUUACCAAAUAGGAUCAAUCUAACACCAUUGACUCAAUAACCAACCUCUCCAAUUUUGAAUUAUGAGAGUAAAUGAGUUUGUUUAUUGUAAAACCAAUGUAAAGCCCUGUAUUAUUAUUUUUUUCUUGAAUAGCUUGACAUUUUUUGGGGUUUUUAUUAAUGGAAUAGGUCUUUCAAUAAACAUACUAUUAAUACA